AGCUUAGGUGGCCCUUGGCCAAAGUGAUGGUUCUUCAGGAGUGGUGGAGGAAUCCCGGGAAUUCAAGUCCCAUGGGUUAAAAUAUGCACAGGCUCGGUGGGAAGGGCCAGGCACCUCCCCUGGCCGGGAGCUUUCACUGCUUUGGUGAAAGGAGGAAUUCACAACAGAGAAAGUUGUUUUAGGGAAGGCAACGAGCCCCAUGAGCACCAUCUCGCCGCGCAGGAUUUGCCUCUUACCGGCUUCAAAGCCCGGGGGCUGCUCCCAUUCUAUCCUAUGCAAACCGGGCAUCACAGCCCGCAAAACUCAGCUCCUCUCUCGCGGGGGGAACAAACCCGGCCCUGCACAAACGGGCAAAUAUUUGGAGUCAUUACUCGGUAAUGAACGCAGAGCCGAGCCGUUCCGAACCGGGCCGAGCGGUUCCGAGCCGCUCCGCGCCGUGCCCCGCCGGGGCGCAGGGGGCGCUGUCGCGGCCGUGCGGUGCCGCCGGCUCGGCCAUGGCGGAGCUCCCCGGUGCUCCGGCGGGCUUCGGCCGCCCCGCGCCGCUGCCGCAGACGGGCUGGGAGCGGCUCAGCGAGCUCUGGCGGCGAGACGAGCAGCAGCAGUUGCCGGAGGAGACGGUGAACAUCGCCAAGUCGGCGUUCACGGCGGGCGUGGUGGGCUGGCUGUACGGGGGGCUGCCCGCCUUCGUCAGCGCCCGCAAGGCCUUCGUGGAGAGCAGCCACGGCGAGAUGUUCCAGAGCCGCGCCGAAGCCGUGCAAUCCGCACACCGCGCUGGUCUCCGGAGCUUCAUCCGCUACGGCUGGCGCUGGAGCUGGAGGGUCGCGGCUUUCGCCACGAUGUUCAACGUGGUGAGCACGGGCCUGUCUGCGUACCGCGAUAAAACCACCAUCAGUAAUUUUGCUGCAGCAGGAGCCUUCACAGGAGCCCUGUUCAGAAUGCACUUGGGCCUGCAGGGCCUGGUGGGUGGCAUCGUGUUUGGAACGGCGUUCGGGGUUCCUGCAGGAGGCCUCCUAAUGGCCAUGUAUGGCUUGGCUGGUGAGACCUUGCAGGAGAAGAGGAGUCGUGAGCGCCGGGAGCUGUACGAGCAGAAGCUGGCAGAGUGGCAAUCCAGGCUCAGUAUGACUGAAAUCUUAGGCCAAACAGAAAGCAAUGCCCAGGGAAGACCAGAGAUGGAGAGAGCAAGAGAACUGAAGAGCUACUGAGUCUUCCCCAAGAUCUCUGUUGUAAGAAGCUACGUAGCAUUUUGAUCCUGCUUGUAAAAGCCUUCAGUUGAGGGUUCAUGCAAGUUGUCUGUGAAUGCACUGAAAACCUGUUUUGCUGAAAACAUUGUUCAGGGGUGGAUAUCACUGCACAAAGAGCUUGGAAGGGCCAAACCUGUUCUGAGAAGGUGGAAAUACAGACUUUAAUGACCAGGAAGUGUCACGUAGCUUUGGGAGGAAGUGAGGGUUCCAGAGCCUCAUCUAGAGCCCGUUUCACUGCUGAAAAUGUCCAAACCACCAGUGAUGUAGAAAUACUCAAGGUAAAGGAGCCUAUGAAUGGUUUGUGUGCUAAAGGUGCCCUGAAUCCAAAAGUUAAUUAUGCCCUGGUGAAAGCUGCUCUUCAGACAGUGCCUGAAGAACUUGCUGAUGGUGGUUUCUUGCUUGGCUCCUACAGUACUUGGGGUAUUUUGCCGUCAGUGUGGAAGAAGGGUGGAGGAGCUGGGAGUUACAGGGAAAUACUCUGAAAAAGGCAUGUUUUGGGUUCUUCAAUAGAGGCCUGAGGGUGCCACAGAAAACAUGACUUCUUUCUGGUGGUGAUGGGGAAGCCUUGGUGCUGGGGACAGUUUUAACAAUAAGAAGGCCUCUAAUUUCAUUUGCAAGUUGGAAAUCGGGAUGACGUUUGGGGGAAAUGUAGUUCAAGACACUCAAUAAAGCCAUCCAGCAGUGG